AUGACCAACAAAAUUGAAUCAAAGUUGAAUUAUAUGUGUGAUGUUGAAAUCUAUCCAUCGGAGUACAAGCGAAAAUUGCGCACUUUUUUUCUGUGUAGUGAAAAAGAAAUCCACUUUUAUGAACAUCCACGUGAAGUAACAUACAACGAUUACAUCAGCAAAGAUUUCUUUCAUUGCCACAAAAUGAACAAUGAAUGUACGAUACCAUCGUUGGUGGAUGGAUUUCAACCUAUACAAAGCAAAGUAAUCUAUACUUGUUUUAAAAGUAAUGAUGAUAAACAUGAAAUAUAUGUGUCAGAUUUAGCCGUAUCGGUCGCAUUAUCGACUGCGUAUAAUCAUGAUCUAAAACAUUUGAAUUCAACAAUUGUCGAAUUGGCACAGAACUUUGUAGGUAGUAAUAACAUCAAUUUUCUCCAACCACUUGGUCAAUUUGGUACUAGACUUGAAGGUAUUAAAGUUGCUGGUUGUUCUUGUUGUAUUUCCACAAUGUUAAGUCCAUUGACAAGAAAAUUGUUUCCACCGUUGGAUGAUCCAUUAUUGGCUUAUCAAUAUGAUAAUAAUCAACGAAUUGAACCCAAAUACUAUGUUCCAAUCAUUCCAAUGGUUUUAGUUAACGGUGCAGAAGGAAUUGAUUCCAAUUGCAAAACUAAGAUUCCUAGAUAUAAUCCACGAGAUAUCGUUGAAAAUAUUAAACGAAUGCUUCGUAAUGAAGAACCUUUGAAUAUGAAUCCAUGGUAUAAAGAUUUCAAAGGUACCGUGGUGAAAGUGGAACCAAUGCAAUAUGUAAUUUAUGGUGAAGUUGCCAAAUUGGAUGAACAAACAAUUGAAAUUACGGAAUUGCCAAUUGGCACCUGGACUAAGGUCUAUGAACAAACAAUUUUGAAACCAAUGUUACAUGGUACGAAAACAAGUCCCCCACUCAUUAAUGAUUAUAAAUCAUAUUAUACCACUACCAAUGUCAAAUUUAUAGUUAAAAUGAAUGAAAAUUCAUUGGAAAAAGUAAUUCAAAAUGGCAUACAUAAAGAAUUUAAGUUACAAACUUCAAUGCCAAUUUCAUCGAUGUUUUUGAUUGAUAAAAAUGGUGUUAUUCGACAAUAUAAAUCCUCUUUGGAUAUUUUGCGAGAAUUUUUCCAUAUUCGUUUGGAUUUCUAUGUUCGACGUAAGAAAUACCAUGAAGGAAUGCUUGAAGCUGAAAUAUUAAAACUUAAAAAUCAAUCUCGAUAUAUUUUAGCAAUAAAGAAUGAAAAAAUCAUCAUGGAAAAUGUAAAGAAUAAAGAAGAAUUUAUCAAGCUUUUGAUUGAACUAAAAUUUGAUUCGGAUCCUGUGAAAGCAUGGCUUAAAAAAUUUAAUAUCGAACAAAAUGAACCCGACACCACGUCGAAUAAUGAAAAUGAAGAUGAUGAUAAAAUUCCUGAAACGGAAGAGGAGAAAAAAUAUGAUUUUGAUUAUCUCGCCGAAAUGCCAAUGCGAGCAAUGUUAGAAGAAAAUGUUCAAGAAUUAUCGAAAAAACGUGAUGCAAAAAAAACUGAACUAGAAGAACUUAAACGUUCUACGCCAAAAAUGCUUUGGGAAAAAGAUUUGGAUGCAUUCCUUGAAGAAUAUGAACUUAUCGAAAAAAAAGAACGUGAAAAUGCAAUGAAAUGGUUGGAAAUUUCCAAAUGGGCCAAACCAAGUGAACAUGCUAAACGUAUUGAACCGAAUAGAUUUCAAAAAUUUUCAGCCGCAAAAAGAACAGGAUACAAAUGAAUCUGAUGAUGAAAUUGUUGUUGGCAAAUGAAAAACAAAAAUAUGAAAUUGAUGAUUGAAAAUUUUCAUUUUUAUUAUUAACUAUAAUCCACCCAUUAAUUUACUACUUAUUCAUUCAAUUCAUUCUCUCAUAAAAUAAAUAUUUCAUUUUUCAAAAAAA